AUGGCCGAGCUGAAAAGUAUCACUGGUGAUGCACCGUACACGGGAGGAGGUAAUGCACCAGCAAUUCUUCCUCAACCGAUGGGUUUCUGGGGAAGACCACAAUAUUAUGGUGGAGGAGGAUUUUCUGGUGGAAUGAUGGGAGGUUGGCAUCCGGGUAUGGGUUGGUUGAAUGGAGAUGGUGGUCGUUUCACUUCGUCAAGUGGAGGACCGUAUGGUGUGAACUCGUGGCCGUAUCCCUUCAAC